AUGUGGAGUAAACUUUCCUCAAUUCAGUGCAACCAACUACAUCGUGAUUUUCUUCAAAUUCUUCAUCGUCAACAUGAUAUAUUUGGGAUUAAACUAAUAACAAGCUCUUUCAAUGUAAGGAGAUGCUGUGUGUCUAGUGGAUCAAAUGAUACUAAGAACGAAAUAGGUGCAAAACCAGAGGGUCCGGAUGCGGAUUUCGUCCACAGACAUAUUGGUUCAUCUCAAGAAGAUAUUAAUCAUAUGCUCCAAGUUUGUGGUUUUAAUAGGAUGGAAGAUUUUAUAUCCAAAGUUAUACCUGAAAGUAUACUACUAAAAGAUGACUUGAAUUUGGAGGUGGAAACAAGUGAAGCGGAGCUGAUUCGAAAAUUGCACUUGAUCAUGAACAAGAAUCAUGUUUGGCGGUCAUAUAUAGGACAAGGAUACUAUGGUACGAUAACGCCUAGUGUUAUACAGCGCAAUAUAUUUGAAAAUCCUGGCUGGUAUACUGCUUACACACCCUACCAGCCGGAAAUCAGCCAAGGUCGUUUAGAAGCAUUGUUCAAUUAUCAAACAAUGGUAUCCGACUUAACUGGAUUACCCAGAGCCAACGCCUCUUUACUGGAUGAAGGCACAGCAUCUGCAGAAGCCAUGUGUAUGGCGGUCAGGCACACCAAAAAGAAAAAGUUUCUCGUUGAUAAAAAAUGUCAUCCGCAAACUGUAGAUGUUGGCACAUCCAGAGCAAAGGACAUGAUGGACCAACCAGCCUAUCGACUUGCCUUACAAACAAGAGAACAGCAUAUUCGUCGAGAUAAAGCCACAAGUAAUAUUUGUACUGCUCAAGCAUUGCUUGCUAACAUGGCUAGUUUCUAUGCUGUUUAUCACGGUUCUAAAGGAUUAAGACAAAUCGCUUCCCGUAUCCAUCGGAAUACUUUGCGUCUGGCGUCAGCACUAGAAAAUGCUGGUUAUAAAGUUGCUAAUCAGACUGCGGUGUUUGAUACCAUCAAAAUAUAUCCGACAACUAAAACGAAUGGCCUUUCAUCAAUACGAAGAAGAGCAAUGGAGAAACAGAUAAAUCUUUUAUAUUAUCCAGAUGGAGAGGCGGUGGGAAUAUCAAUUGACGAAACUCUGACGUCAGCUGACUUCAAUGAUUUACUGUAUAUCUUCGAAGCAACUCAAGUGACACCAGAGUCGAAUCCAACCAACGCGAUAAAUACUUAUCCCCAUUUGGUCCGAAAGAAUGAUUACUUAACACAUCCUGUGUUUAAUUCCUUCCACUCUGAAACUGAAUUAUUGCGGUAUAUAAAGCGACUUGAAAAUAAAGAUAUCUCUCUAGCACAUUCUUGCAUACCAUUAGGCUCGUGCACUAUGAAAUUAAAUGGUACGACUGAACUACUUGCCUGUUCAUGGAAUACAGUUAACAAAUUGCAUCCUUUUGUACCAAAAGAUCAAAUUAGCGGUUAUUUAGAAUUACUUGUACAACUGGAAAAUGAUUUAAAAGAGAUAACAGGCUAUGAUUUUGUCUCACUUGCACCGAACAGUGGAGCUCAAGGUGAAUACGCUGGGCUUAAGGCUAUCAGAGGAUAUUUGGAUAGAAAAGGUGAAAAGAAUCGUAAUAUUUGUCUUAUUCCUACUUCGGCUCAUGGAACAAACCCAGCAAGCGCACAUAUGGCUGGAAUGAUUGUUAAACCGGUUCAAACAACAUCGAAUGGUUAUUUGGAUAUGAUCCACUUAGAAGAGCAAAUCUCAUCAUACCGAGAUAACUUAGCGGCUAUUAUGAUAACCUAUCCGAGUACAUUUGGCGUAUUUGAUAAUGAUGUUCAAAAGGUGUGCGAAAUGAUACAUGAAGCCGGUGGACAAGUUUUCAUGGAUGGUGCCAAUUUGAAUGCACAGGUUGGUUUAUGUCGCCCAGCUGAUAUUGGUUCAGAUGUUUCACACUUGAAUUUGCAUAAAACAUUCAGCAUUCCUCAUGGUGGCGGUGGACCUGGUUGUGGACCUGUUUGUGUAAAGUCGCAUUUGGCAGCGUUUCUACCCCAGCAUUACUUAUAUGGCCACACAUACAUGAGUGACACUGGUCAUAAAAUUAAUAUUGGACAUAAAUUAUCUUGUCACUACUCGAUUUGUUCAGCUCCAUUCGGCUCUGCAAGCCUACUACCAAUAUCAUGGGCCUAUAUUCGAUUACUAGGGCCUGAAGGAGUUAAACGCGCAUCACAAAUAGCUUUGCUAAAUGCUAACUACAUGUUGAAGCGUCUACGAGAUUAUUACAAUAUACGCUAUGUCAACGAUGCUGGAAUGUGUGCACAUGAAUUUAUAAUAGACUGUUCACAAUUCUCUAGUCAGCAUAUUGAAGUGAUAGAUAUUGCAAAAAGAUUAAUGGAUUAUGGUUUUCAUAGCCCAACUAUGUCGUGGCCUGUGGCCUCAAGUUUAAUGAUUGAGCCUACUGAAAGUGAAUCAAGAGUUGAAUGCGAUCGUUUAUGUGAUGCACUUAUACUAAUUAGAAAAGAGAUCGACAAAGUGGUCAUAGGCGAAUGGGAUUUAAAAUGUAAUCCAUUAAAAAUGGCUCCACAUACAAUGGAAGUAGUCAUCGAUUCGAAAUGGGAUAGACCAUAUACACGUCAAGAGGCAGCAUUUCCAGCCCCAUGGCAGAAUAUGAAGAACGGUUCCUCAAACAAACUUUCGAAAAUAUGGCCAACUGUAAGUCGACUAGACGAUACGUACGGUGAUCUACACUUAAUAUGCACGUGUCCCCCAACCUUCAACACUUCUGGACUAACAAAUUAG